UCUGUCACUGUGGGUCUGUCAUCACAUGUGUGUCUGUAUGACAGGACCAGUGCAGGAUUCACACAGGCUCUCUGUGAAAACAUGGACAGAGGAGGAGAGUGAGCGAGCUGACAGCACACUCAGCAGAGUACAGUCGAUGUGCGAUGACACUUCCUCAGAACUACAGAGAAUGGCAGCCAUCGACAGGAGAGACAUCAAUUCCCAGAAUUCUUUUCGUGGGCGAGGUGCUCUCUCCAGGAUAGUUAGUAUGGUGAUGACUCUGAGAGAAUGGGCACAGAAGAGUUUGGCUGAAGAGACGGAGCGACCUGAUUCUUUCUUGGAGCGUUUCAGAGGCCCCGCCCACAUGGAAUUACAGGCUCCACCCAGCAGAUUUAGCCACAGUCGCCCCGGCUCUGAUACAGAUAAUGAAGUCAGACGUACCACACGCCCGAGAAACAAGUGCAGUACUGUGGUCUUAUCUCCGUCUGAUGAUGCAUACUACUACUGGCUGAUGGUGAUUGGUGCUGCAGUUUUUUAUAACUGGACCUUGUUAGUUGUCAGAGCCUGUUUUGAUGAGCUUCAGAUGAGGACCGUGUUAGUGUGGCUGGUGCUGGACUAUGUCUGUGAUGGAGUCUAUAUCCUGGACAUUGCUGUUCGCCUCCACACAGGUUUCUUGGACCAAGGCUUGAUGGUGAAAGAUGUGCGGCGCCUGAGAGAAAACUACGUUCGAACCACACAGUGUAAAUUCGAUCUGUGCUCCAUCCUUCCCACCGACCUGCUGUACCUGACUCUUGGAAUCAGCUACACUCCUCUUCUUCGGUUCAACCGUCUCCUGCGUCUGCCGCGGCUCUUUGAGUUAUUUGAGCGUACAGAAACGCGAACAGGCUACCCUAAUGCUUUCCGUAUCUGUAAACUGGUGCUGUACAUCCUGGUGAUAAUCCACUGGAAUGCCUGUGGAUACUACAGCUUCUCUAAAGUCCUGGGUCUGGGCUCUGAUUCCUGGGUUUACCCUAAUGCCUCUGACCCAGAGUUUGGCUCCCUGACCAGGAGUUAUGUAUACUGUUUGUACUGGUCGACCCUCACACUGACCACUAUUGGAGAGACACCACCUCCUGUUCGAGAUGAGGAAUAUAUGUUCUUGAUAUUUGAUUUUUUGGUUGGUGUGCUGAUUUUUGCCUCCAUUGUGGGUAACGUUGGAUCCAUGAUCUCCAACAUGAACGCCACGAGAACAGCCUUUCAGAGUCGUGUUGAUGCACUGAAACACUACAUGCACUUCAGGCACGUCAGCAAGGUGCUAGAGCAACGUGUCAUUCACUGGUUUGACUACCUCUGGACCAAUCAGAAGACAAUAGAUGAACAGGAAGUGCUGAGGAGCCUGCCAACUAAGCUGCGGGCAGAGAUUGCCAUUAAUGUUCAUCUGGACACACUGAAGAAGGUGCGUAUUUUCCAGGACUGUGAGGCCAGCCUCCUGGUAGAGUUGGUGUUGAAACUGCGACCUCAGGUGUUUAGUCCUGGCGACUACAUUUGUAGAAAGGGAGAUGUGGGUAAAGAGAUGUAUAUUAUUAAAGAUGGCCGCCUAGCAGUGGUGGGAGAGGAUGGAGUCACACAGUUUGCCGUCCUGACCUCAGGGAGCUGCUUCGGUGAAAUCAGCAUCCUGAACAUCAGCGGCAGCAAGAUGGGCAACAGGCGAACAGCUAAUAUUCGGAGUCUGGGAUACUCCGACUUGUUCUGCCUUUCCAAACAAGAUCUAAUGGAGGCGCUGCAAGAGUUCCCUCAUGCCAGGGCCCAGCUGGAACAGAGGGGGCGGGACAUCCUGCAGAAGGAGGGGCUUCUGGAGGAAGUGAAUGUGUCUGCUGGGGAGGACCUGGAGGAGAAAGUGGAGAGAAUGGAAACCAGUCUGGAUCGUUUACAGACGUGCCUGGCCCGUCUCCAGAGUGAAUUCAACUCUUCCCAGCUGCGAAUGAAACAGCGAGUGACUGCCCUCGAACACAACAUCAGCACAGUCGCCACAGGCAGCGGCUUCCUGUCAGACGCUGAUGGCAACGACAGCAUCUCUGGCGGUGACGGUGUACGCAGUGAAAUCAACAUCCGGCUCUGAGGGAAGCAGUCCCAGCCAUGAUUAUACACUGUGUGAUAUGGAAACAUCAAAUCAUGUAAAAAACCCUGUCAGAGCUAAUGUGUCUUAUCCUUAGAAUUUUAAAAACAAAAGAAAACACCACAUACCUGUGUCCUGACUGACUGACGGAGAAGAAAUGCAUUUUAUUUUAAGUCUGACACACUGAAUUUUCAUGACUGAAGUACUGGUGCUACCACUUUAUUAGGUACACAUGACCUCUAUCUAUCAAAGUUGCAGUUGUGCCCACUUUGUGCUGCUGUUGCUCACCUGCUUCAAGCUUUGACCUGCUGUGUAUUCAGAGUCGGUUUUCUGGAUACCAUGGUUGUAAUCAGUGGUUAUUUAACUUACUGAUGCCUUUCUAACAUUCUUUAACCAGUCUAAUCACUCUCUUCUGAGCUCUGGCAUCAACAAUGCAUGUUCACAUCAUUCUCUGUAAACUCACUGUCAACUACAUCAUAUUUCUUACUCAUGCGUUGAACAGGUGUACCUAAUAAAGUGGCCAGUGUGUGUUUAUGUUUUUAUGUUGACUUUCUUGUGACUAUGCUACUAAAAGAAAAUGGAUCUCCCUCCAUUAUUUAUUAUGUAUUUUAGGCACUGAUUA